UUAUGAUGUUAUGAAAUUUGCUUAGUCUUUAUUUUUCGUCAUUUUUUUUCUCUACCUGUGUAGCUUGUUAUCUCUUCCAAGAAAAGACCUUUCUAAUAAGUACGACCUUGUGCAAAUAUUGAUGGAAACCUGUCGUGCAUGGUCAGUCGUGCGUAGUCAGUCGUGUGAUACUUGGCACUUGUAAAAACAAAGAUGCGAAUUUAAUACAGUGUAAAUAAAAAAUCGAGAAAAACAUUUUGCUAAGACAUAUCGUGCUGCAGAUUGUAGAACACGUCCAUAGCUUGCACGGAUACAGUUAUUAAAAUUUUUAAUUAACAAUGUUGUGCCUCUUCAUAUUUCUGACCUUCUCUUCCUGGCUUGGUGCACAGUUCCAAGUCACCUCUUCACAUUUUACAUCUGUAAAUCGAAGACAAAUCGAUAAAUGUAGGACGAGCAUGGCUGCGAUCGCGCGAGGAUCCAUUACAUCUACAACGUGGGGUUCUGUAAAUGGUCAAGAAAUCAAGAAGUUUACGUUGAGAAAUGAAGCUUGUCAAGAGGUCGAAGUCAUAACGUAUGGUGCGGCGGUGACCAACAUUAGAACGCCAGACAGAAAAGGAAACAUAGCGGACGUCGUGCUCGGUUUUGACAACAUCGAAGGAUAUCUUUCAUCGAAUAAUCCAUACUUUGGUGCCACGGUUGGACGAGUCGCAAAUCGCAUCGGCAACGCAACUUUUGUUGUGGAUGGUCAACGUUAUAAUGUGUCUAAGAAUACAGGUGAGAACAGCCUCCACGGUGGUAUUCGCGGUUGGAGUUUCAAGGUAUGGGAUGCAACAAUUCAGGACAAUAGUGUGGUGAUGACUUUGGUCAGUCCGGACGGUGACGAGGGUUAUCCAGGAUCAGUAACGGCGAUAGCGAGUUUCCAACUGACGAACGAUGGAGAGUUGCGCAUAGAAAUGAAAGCCCAGUCCAAAAAGGCAACGCCGAUUAAUUUAACAAAUCAUGGCUACUUCAAUCUCGCUGGACACGCCACAAACGCAGCAGAACUGUAUAAACAUGUGAUCACGAUGAACGCCGAUCGCUGGACUGUCACGGAUUCCGAGAGCAUUCCGACCGGCGAGAUUCGGUCAGUUGCAAACAGCAUAAUGGAUCUAAGGAAUCCAACAAAGCUUGGUAAUGUCAUUGACAAAGUACCGGGCGGCGGUUAUGACUCCAAUUUCUGCUUGCCGGAAUCGUGCAAUGAUGGGAAAGUCAAUUUCGUAGCCAAAGUAGUGCAUCCAUCUUCGAGACGCCGCUUGGAAGUAUACUCGAAUCAACCGGGUGUUCAGCUUUACACGACCAAUUCUGCACCUGAAAAUGGUAUUGUGGGCAAAGACGGAGCAAAGUACUUCAGACACGCCGCUUUUUGCUUGGAAACACAAAAUUAUCCUGACGCUGUAAACCAUAAAAACUUCCCAAACAGUGUGCUGCGAUCAGGCGAUACAUACAAUCAUGUUGUCGUGUACAAAUUUGGAGUAGAAAAUUAAUCAAUGCAUUUCCAUUUUCUGCUAUAAACUU